AAUGCCGGCUCCAUAUAGUGAAAGAUGGGAGAGAACAAAGCGGUACUUACUACGGAACUUCCUGGUAAACCCCGGUUUCCAACUAUCCCCCAUCCCGGAAGAGGACCGUUCGUCGCCGGACGGCGAAAGCUUGCCGGACCUGAUCGUGGAGCCGGAGCCGAACCGCCACGACCACGCGCCGGACUUUUACGACGCUCUCGAGCGAAGGAUGCGGCGGUACUACCGGCAGCUCUUUCUAGGAGAAGAUGAGAGCGAAGACAGCAGCUCCGACUUUGAAGUAAAUCGAAGUAUGUCCAGCACUUUCAUCAACACCAGGAAAGAUGUAACAAGAAAUGAUAUAAACAUAGAUUCUGAUCAAGAUGUUUCAAUAACUAAUGAAAAUCAACCAAUAAUUGAGAAUGAAGACGAUUUACAAGAAAAAGAUACCAGUGAACUAAUAACCUGCGCGUCUAGUCAUACAUCUAUUGAUGAUUUAAAUAAGUCUUCAACUGUAGAAGACAGUCAAACUAUCGAAUCUUCAACUGAAUCUGAUCCAAAUGAAAACACAGAAGUAAUUAUAUACGAGUCUUCUGAUGAUAUUACUAAAAUCAGACGUGAAGAAUCUGAAACUAUUGAAAAUAAAUCAGUUGAAGAUGACUCAACGGAACAAUGUCAUAGAAUAUCGACAACAGUAGCACAGAUACACGGAUCGCCUGCAAGAGCUUCUGUUCAGUUUGACAGCGGGAGCCCAGUGCUGAUCCCUCGGGUGCUACAAUUCAGGAGAACAGUAUUUGGAUCUGGAUUUGCUUCAAGGUUAUCUGGGCAGAGCGUGAAUGUUUUGAACACUUCUGGUCAAAAUAUUGACCGCGUUCCAACAAAAACAGCUGAAGAAUCAAAUAUACAAGAUAUAACAAUCGUAGAACCAGAUACAGAAGUGCAAAAACUACUAACAGACAGUGAACUUACAAGAAUUAGUAUAGAUAAAACAUUUAUCACUGCAGUAAACACAGGAACGGAUCAUAAUCAAGAAGAUGUCCUUGAGAAGAGAGAGAAUAUAAAUACUGAAGAUGAUUUUCAAGAAAAUGAACGUGAUGAAGAUAACGAAUCAAACCAAGAUGAAGCUGAAAUAACAGAUAUAGGUAAUGAAUCUAUUGAGUGGAAUAAAGAUGGAGUAGACGAUGACGAAGAUGGGUUCGACUUCGCUAUUAGAAAAGGAGAGUUUGCUCGCAAAGCACGUCAUCUAGUUUUCCGUACUUCAGAUUCUUUUGAGAAUUUAGAGCCUAUCGCUCAUACUACAGACACAGGAACGGAUCAUAAUCAAGAAGAUGUCCUUGAGAAGAGAGAGAAUAUAAAUACUGAAGAUGAUUUUCAAGAAAAUGAACGUGAUGAAGAUAACGAAUCAAACCAAGAUGAAGCUGAAAUAACAGAUAUAGGUAAUGAAUCUAUUGAGUGGAAUAAAGAUGGAGUAGACGAUGACGAAGAUGGGUUCGACUUCGCUAUUAGAAAAGGAGAGUUUGCUCGCAAAGCACGUGAUCUAGUUUUCCGUACUUCAGAUUCUUUUGAGAAUUUAGAGCCUAUCGCUCAUACUACAGAGAAUUUUGAUAAUGAAGAAUUUGAGCCAGUUGAGGAGAUGAGAGAAGCUCAAGGGUCUGGAGCUAAUGAGUCCUGGCACGGAGGGGCAGAUCAGACAAGUCCUGCGUUGGCAUUUGAAACCAAGACAAGUGCAGAAAGACUUGAAGAAUGCUCCGACACUGAAAUAAGCGCAUCUACAGAAGAUGAAACCGUAGAAGACAACAUUCAAAAUCUCAACUACGCUCGUGUAGAUGAUUUCUGGUCAGUAUCGUCCGUAGAAGUAGAUCUCGAUAAUUCAAAUGAUAAUAGUUCAAAAAAAAGAAGAUCCGAUUCGAGUGACGAUUUACCGUUGAGAAAAAGGAAAAAAGAUAUGACGACGCAAACUGGUUUAGAAGAGAAAUUGCAAUGGGAGAGUGUAAGGAAAGAUCUUUUUGUAGGUUUACCGCUUGUGUUGAGGCUGUGUAGGUGCCAAGAUCAUGUUUGUUCUUGAUUUUCUGUUGAUUGUGUUUGCCCCACGGCGAUUGGCGUGUACGCUAUUAU